AUGAGGAUCUGCAUCGAGGUUGUUGAGCUGUGGAGGGCCGAAACCUCAAACCAGCAAUCUAUCGAGCAUCGAACCAUCGCACCCAAAGAAACCCCAGCAUGGUUGAAAACUGGUGCAGAGAGACGUGACUCAACAGGAGAAAGCCAUCGACGACUGUUUCGACUGGUUAUUGCCUCCAAGGACCCUAGCAGGGAUCCGCCAAAACACGGGCAAGUCGACUAUCUCUCCCAGAUCCUGGACGAGUUCGGCCUCGAGCUCGUCUACAACUACGCUAUGAGCUGUUUCGCAGCGCGUCAUCGCGUUUCCUCCGACAUUAACAAAGACGGAGCACACUCUCCACGCAUACGCGCUCUCAUACCACCCGAAACUCGCCGCUCUAUGGUCAACAGCAACAACAACAACAACACACCCAACCCCAAUAAUCGAAACGCGAGGGAUCUUCAGCAUGUUCCCGGCCUUUCUGGGAUGCACAUACUCCUAGCCGUGACGUUUGUUGGGAAAGAGUUCCGUCAAGACUUGCAGAGGCAUGAAGCUCGAGUGGUCUCGUCGGAGGAGCCCAGCAUCGAGUAUCGCGAGUUAUGGAUGCUUCUCAAGCCCGGGGAGCUAGUUGUGACCGGCUCCGGUCCGACUGAAUCUAUUCACAAGCUGAUACGAGCCGAUUAUAUCGAGGGUGGUGGAAUCUUCGGAGACCCUGCUAACCUGGGCAUCGUAACCAGGGCUUUUUCUCAUGACGGAAAGUCUUUUGGUUACUUCCGUGAAAACUUCCAAAUUAACGAGUAUCGAGGAACUAGAGAGAUCAUAGAGCUUCCAGUAUAUCCACUCAAAUAUCACACGGCUGGGCAUACACAGAGAGAGAGGUUUAUUGCGCGAGGCAAAAAGUUCUGCACGCUUGCCGGCAUACAGUACCGUUUAUUCGGCCUUUUCUCGCAGGAUUCGUUUCCAGAAGUUCCAAUCGAAAUCAGCGGACGCAUCAUGCUUGAUAAUCUGUCAUUCAAAAAGCACAUGGCACAUGAAGGCAUUACCCUGAGCAUCAUGAAGGGAGAAACAGAUCCUAUCACAGAGGAAGAUUAUCUCAUGAGCUACCAUAGAGUGGCGGGUUUCUCAUUAAGUGAAAAACGUUGGGUGCGACUCGUCCGCGCUCUAGCAAAGCAACAAACCCAGUCAAACGAUCAAUUUGAUGACCUCAUUACAAAUAAAGGUAAAGGGUGCAUGUUCCUGCUGCAUGGCCCUCCGCGUGUAGGAAAGACCGCUACUGUCGAGAGCAUCGCGGAUGAAAUCAAGCGACCUUUUUCUUCCUCCGCAUUUGGGAAUAUUUCAGCGGUUAUCAUCAUGUUUCUCACGACAAACCGUGUGGAUGCAAUCGACCCAGCCUUCCGAAGCCGCAUCCAUCUUAUGCUUUCCUACCGACCUUUACAGAAAGAGGCUCAAAUGCAACUUUGGCGGCUGUUCCUCAAACGAACCUCUAGCUACAGUGAAGCUGACUGGACGGAAGAGACCCUCGCUAGUUUCGCCCAAGUUGACCCCAACGGACGCCAGAUCAAGAACGCAGUACGAACAGCCCACUCGCUUGCUUUGUCGGACGGCAAAAAGCUCUCUGCUGAGGAGGUGCAGGUGGUUCUUGACACAAUUGUGGAGUUUGAAGAGGACUUUAGCAAUUUACCUCAGAGAUUGGGAUAA